AUGGUUUGCCCUUCGGAAAUGAAGAGGAAAACCGACAUCGACAAAGUGAUAGAGCUUCUAGACGCCUUUUUCAUCGGUGAGACGAAUGAAAUAUACGAAGCCUAUCUGUUCAAUCAGAGAGUACAGGAGGUCGGUGAGUCAUUUGAUGUUUUCCUUACAGCUUUACGUUCGUUAGCUAAAACGUGCAAUUUUGGCAUCAUGCAAGAGCGAAUGAUUAGAGACAGAGUUGUCGUAGGAAUUAGAGAUAACGCCACCCGAAAAAAGCUGCUAGCUGAGAACAAACUAACUCUUAAUAAGUGUAUUGAUAUUUGCCGUGCGAGUGAAACCACAUCCAAACAACUUAAGGAGAUGUCCCAUGCGGAGGAGGUUAGCGCCGUUGCCACAGGCCACCCAAAAUCGAAGAUUGGUUUACGCCAUAAUGAAGUACGAAAUUUCAGUAAAGUUCAACGCCCCGUCCACAACAAAGUAACAGAACCAGUUAGAUGUAAGUUCUGCCACAGAACCCAUCCUUUAAAAAAGGAACUCUGUCCAGCAUGGCAGCACAAGUGUGAUAACUGUGGUCGAAUGAACCACUUCUCAGUGGCUUGCAGAAGUCAGAAAGCUAAAAAAAAGCAAACUAAGAAGUCAGUUCACAAUGUAGAACAAGAUGUUCAGGAGUUUAAUGACGAAGAUUCUGAUGAUUACUUAUUCAGUGUAGAAUCUGUGAGCGUCCUUUAUGCAAAAAACAGUCCAAAGAAGAUUUAUGCUAACAUGCGCUUGAGGGAUGAAACAGUGAAAUUCCAGUUAGACUGUGGAGCAACAGUCAAUAUCCUCCCAGCAGAUAUUUAUCAGCAGGUAUUUAACGAUCCGCGAAUGGAACGCCUCCAGCCUACUCAAACUACCCUCGUCAUGUUCAACAAAUCAGAGCUGAAACCUCUAGGAUGUACUAAGGUCGAGACCUUCAACCCCAAGAAUGGACAGUGUUUCCUCACGGAAUACACCGUCGUUCCAACAGGUCACACAGCACUCCUUGGUGCUGAAUCGGUGCAGCAGUUUGGCCUCAUAGUGAUUAACACCGAUAACAUCAUGUCUCUCUCUAAUGAGAUUCCCACACAGCCGGAUCUCGUGAGCAAAUUCGGAGAUGUCUUCUCAGGAGAAGGAAAGCUCAAAGGAAAGCUUCACCUCGAGAUUGAUAAGUCUGUAACCCCUGUGGCACUGCCAGUGAGGAAAGUCCCUUUGCAGUAA